AUGAGAGCGUCACUGCAACCAAAUGUCUCGCCACCACGACAACAGCAGGCACAAAGGCAGCCUUUUCCGGGAGGGCGAUCGAAUCGAGGCGGCAUCUUCGAUGGACCAGGACGUAAUCAGAGCAAUGACCGAUUUGCACCCAUAAGGAGGGUGAACUCUGAAGUGCCUCGUGCGACAGACGGACCUCAACAGAUUCAAUAUCGUGAAUCUCGGUACAAUGUGAAUAUGGACGCGAGACCUCCAGUUAGGAAUAUGCCAGCAUUCGGUUCAGGACACUUGCGGCGGAGAAACGAGCCACAAGCAGACCGUGCCCCUCCCAUGGCGAGCCCUAGGGAACGCCAACCGCCGAGGUCUGCGCCCGGUUCCAGACUUGACCAAGCAGAGAUAGACAGGCUGUUGGGCAACAAUUCGACCAUCAACAAGCAGGACCCUCCGAGACCGUACGCUCGCCUAUCACGGGACACGAAUGUUCGAACCAAAUGCAUGCAUUGCGGCAGAGAAGAUCAUUUGAGCCUCGAAUGCCCCAAUAAGCCUGUGCUCCGGCAACCACAGCGUUUCCCUCGACGACAGGACGAGCUACAAAGUUACAAGAAUGGCGGGUCCCUAUCCGAAGCCGCAGAAACAUGGAUUCAGAAAGAAGGCUCUAGUAUACAGAGUGCCCAGCAAGCCUAUGAGGAAAGGGAAGAGAGACGGCGGAAUGCUGAGGAAUACGAAAAGAGAAGGAAUCGCCUCAGAAUAGCGCAAGAUGCGGCCGUCGGGACACGCAAUCGGUACGAAGAGCCAGAGCGUCGUCAACGAGGAGGCUUCGAGCGACGGGGUCGCAACCGCAUCAUGCAAGAGGAGGAAGAAGACGACCGAUACGUGAAUAAGGCGGAGCGCAAGCGGCAACGCAAGGAAGCAAAGAAGAAGAUGCAGGAAGCUAAGGCUGGGCCUGCACCCGUCUAUCUGCCAGAAUACAUCAGCGUAACCAACCUUGCCUCGCUUUUGAAAGUACGAGUAGAGGACUUCGUGCGAAAACUUGAAGAACUGGGCUUCGAAGAAGUGCAGAACGAUCACAUUCUGAACGCGGAGCAUGCCGCCCUUAUCGCGCAAGAGUACAACUUCGAGCCCAUCAUUCAGACUGAGGAAGAUGACGGCGACCUGCAUCCGGCCCCCGCUCUGUCUCCCGAGGAGUACGCGCAACUACCCCCACGUCCUCCUGUUGUUACCAUCAUGGGCCAUGUCGAUCACGGAAAGACAACGAUUCUCGAUUAUAUGCGCUCCACCAGUGUCGCUGCAACCGAAUUUGGCGGCAUCACGCAACAUAUUGGUGCGUUCAGCGUACCUCUGGCUUCUGGAAAGAAGAUCACCUUCCUCGACACGCCUGGCCACGCCGCGUUCGAAACUAUGCGCGCUCGCGGUGCCAACGUAACAGACAUUGUUGUGCUCGUCGUCGCGGCAGAUGAUUCUGUUAUGCCGCAGACGGUCGAGGCGAUCAAGCAUGCUCAAGCAGCUAGAGUUCCAAUGAUUGUUGCGAUCAACAAGAUUGACAAACAGCAAGCUGAUCCGGAUUCGGUAAAGCUAGAUCUUGGGCGGCACGGCAUUGAAAUCGAAGACUUCGGUGGCGAUGUUCAGGCCGUGUGUGUCAGUGGCAAGACCGGGCAGGGCAUACCUGAUCUCGAAGAAGCUAUAACUACACUCUCAGAGACUCUGGAUCACCGCGCCGACCCCGGCGCCAACGUAGAGGGCUGGGUUCUCGAAGGUACAACCAAGAAGUCCGGGAAAGUAGCCACAGUGUUGGUUCGGAGUGGCACUCUGCGAACUGGUGACCUUCUUGUUGCUGGCACAACCUGGACCCGUGUCCGCAGCUUGCGCAACGAGGCUGGCGUCACGGUCAAGGAAGUCGGACCGGGCUUGCCUGUAGAAGCCGACGGCUGGCGCGAGCAGCCCAUUGCAGGCGAUGAAGUUCUCCAAGCCUCUGACGAGCAGCAAGCGCAAUCCGUCUCCGACAUUCGUAUCGAGAAGAUCGAGCGCGAGCAGAUGGCUAAGGAUAUGGAAGCCAUCAAUGAGUCGCGCCGUCUGGAGGCUGAACGCCGCGAGGCGGAACAAGCGGCCGUAGCAGCAGCGGCGAAUGGCGAGACCCUCCCGGAGGAGGUGAAGAAGGAGACUGGACCUGAAAUUGUACCUUUCAUUGUCAAGGGCGAUGUGUCUGGGUCCGUUGAAGCCGUCAUUGACUCCAUAACCGCUAUUGGAACUGCCGAAGUGGGUACGCGCGUCCUGCGUCACGGAGUAGGCAGCCCGUCCGAAUUCGAUGUCCAGCAUGCCGCAGACGCUUCUGGCCAUAUUGUCAACUUCAACACGGUCAUUCCGAACCAUAUCGCUGCGCUCGCAGAAGAGAAGGGCGUCAAGAUCCUCGACUCGAACAUCAUAUAUCGCGUCGUGGAGAACGUGAAGGCGCUCCUGUCCGCGAAGCUGCCUCCUAAGAUCACCCAGAGGGUUACAGGUGAAGCAGAGAUAGCACAGGUUUUCGAGAUUGGCAUUGGUGGGAAGAAGAAGCUGAGGGUCGCUGGUUCGAAGGUGCGAAACGGUCUUGUGGAGAAGGGAACCAAGGCGAGAGUGCUUCGGAAGGAUGAGGUGGUUUUUGAUGGUGUCCUGUCUUCGCUGAAGAACCAGAAGAAGGACGUCGACCAGAUGCGUAAGGAUACCGAGUGCGGCAUUGCGUUUGAAGGCUGGGAGGACUUCCGUGUUGGUGAUAAGAUUCAGUGCUAUGAGGAGAAGUCAGAGGAGAGGACUUUGUAA